AUGGGUGGGGGCGACAACAGCCUGCUCUUCCGGAUCACGGACCGCGUGUCCGGCUGUCGCUUCCUAGUGGAUACCGAGGCUGACGUCAGCGUCGUUCCACCAACCCCCGCAGAAAAACGCCACCGACGUCCAGGCUCGGCUUUGCAGGCCGUCAACAAGUCGAGCAUAUCAACUUACGGCCAACGCUCCGUCACCCUUGACCUCGGCCUGCGAAGAAAUGGUGACCCGAACGUGAGAAUGGCUACACCGCUCCCACCAACUACCUCCCACGCAACAGAAACUACAUCCCCAGGUCUGCACCACAUUGCCGUGAAAAUUCCACCGUUUUGGCCUGCUGAUCCCGUACUGUGGUUUGCCAACAUCGAGGCUCAGUUUGCCUUGCGUGCCAUCACAGUUCAGAGUACAAAGUUCUACCAUGUAGUCGGAGCGUUGGGUCCCACAGAAGCAGCCGAAGUGAGGGAUAUCAUCACAGACCCUCCCUCGGACAACCCUUAUGAAGCCUUGAAGACUGCUCUUACGAAACGUACUACGGCAUCAGAGCAGGAGUGCCUUCGUCAACUCCUCACCGCCGAAGUUCUUGGAGACCGCAAACCGUCAGAGCUCCUUCGCCGCAUGCAACAGUUAUUGGGAGACAAGGCCUCCACGCUGGACGACUCCAUCUUGAGGGAGCUAUUCUUGCAACGUCUGCCAAACACAGUGCGCAUGAUCUUAACCACAUCCGAGGCUGUGUCACUGCAAGCCUUAGCCGAAAUGGCAGAUAAAAUGAUUGACAUUGCACCUUCAACAGUGUGUGCCGCUCUACCACAGCCUGUCCUGCCAUCAGUGUCGGACUUUCAGAACUUGCGCGACGAAGCUAGUCGCCUCUCGAAACUGGUCGCUUCCAGUUUUCGAUUUCGAAAUACGGCAAGCUCAAGACCUCGCAGCACGACCACUCGCCGACAGGGAUUUCAUCGUCGUAGUCCCUCACCCCAGCAGCAACGGGCAAAUCCUGAUAAGUGCUGGUAUCAUCAAACUUUUGGCAACCAAGCGCUUUCCAGUCGUCAACGACUCUUCUGCCUUACUGACCGUAAGACUGGUGUUCGUUUCCUGGUCGACACCGGCGCCGAAGUAUGCGUCAUCCCCGCUUCUCAGGAAACCAAGAAGCACUGUCCACCCAGCAGCAGCCUGCAAGCGGUCAAUGGUUCGUCCAUCAUCACGUACGGCGAGAAGUUAGUGACGCUCAACUUGGGCCUACGUCGCGCCUUCCGAUGUAUCUUUGUUUCAGCCAAUGUGCCCCACGCCAUAAUCGGCGCAGACUUUCUUGCUCACUUCGGACUACUCGUCGAUAUGAGCCGCAAAAGAUUGAUCGACACCACUACAAGACUUUGGGUCCAUGCAGUAACAGCCUCCAGCCCAAGUUUCAUGACGGUCCGCGGGUUGGCCCCCACAAAUGAGUACGAUGCCAUUCUUCGUGAGUUUCCGACGCUUACUCGACCCCCCAACUGCAAGGCCCCAGUCAAACACGACGUAGUGCACCACAUCAUAACCACGGGACCACCGGUUCACGUACAUCCUCGGCGUCUGAGUCCGGAAAAGUUCAAAGUCGCCAAGAACGAGUUCGAGCACAUGCUCGAACUAGGCAUCAUCAGACCGUCAUCAAGCGCAUGGUCUUCUGCCCUACAUUUGGUACCAAAGACAACAGGUGAUUGGCGGCUAUGUGGAGAUUACAGAGCCCUGAACCGUGUCACCGCACCGGAUCGGUAUCCAAUCCCGCACAUGCAAGACUUCGCCAAUAAUUUACACGGCACACGAGUUUUCUCGAAAGUGGAUAUGAUCCGUGCGUACCACCAGAUACCAGUGGCAGAUGAGGACAUUGCAAAGACUGCACUUUCAACCCCAUUUGGACUAUUCAUAUUUCAGCGCAUGUCAUUUGGCCUGCGGUACGCGGCACAGACCUUCCAACGUUUCAUAGAUUCAGUUAUUAGAGGUCUACCCUUCGUUUUCGCUUAUACUGACGACCUCCUCGUUGCGAGCUCCUCACCACAAGAGCAUGCAGAACACCUACGUACGCUCUUCACUCGCUUAGAGGAGUUCGGUAUCGUCAUCAACCCCAUAAAAAGCAAGUUUGGGGUGGAAGAGCUCGGCUUCCUCGGCCACCACAUCUCCAUCUGGGAAUCACUCCUCUGUCAACCAAAGUGA